UCAGCUCCUUCCGCUGCUGCCGUCCUUCCUGAGACUGCCUAUCAGUAGAAACUAGCGGCUUAUCUCCCCUGUGCCUGCGACAGCCGGGGCGGUGCGCCUCACCUUCUCCGCUCUUCCCGGGGACAGGAGCACCGGCCACCGGGACUAUACCUGCCCGAUACGUCACGUGUCCCAGGAGACCAGCCGCGGGAUAGGUCGCACAUCAAGUCUUCUCACAAACGUUGCAAUGGCUACGAAUCUUGGAGAACAACUGAAUCCUGAAUGGGGUCAGCAAUACAAUAUCGGCAGAGAGAAUAGUUCUGACGCUCCGAUGCAUGAGAAUCCUGAGUGGGAGAAAGCGCGACAAGCUUUGGCAAGCAUCACUAAGGCCAAUAGUACUGCUGCUAGUAAGGAAUCAAAUGAUGGGCAAGCUAAUGAGCAGUAUUCGGCAUCACAGGAGGAGGCGUCUGUGCAGCAGCAGUAUUUUCAGUGGUAUUCUUCACAGUAUAAUUAUCCAUAUGCGUACAACUACUAUUACCCGAUGAAUAUGUACGGGGGAUAUGGUAAUCCUGGACAGUAUGGAAUGUCUCACACUUACCAAGGACCUACGUCACAGACCCAAGGAGUCGCCCAGCAUUAUGGAAGCCUAAAUCAGCCUCCUGUUCCUGGCCUUGAAGACGGUUUACCGUAUUCUAAUGUCCAGUCACAAGUUUCUGCUGUUAACAACCAAUCUGCAUCACAUCAUGCCAGUCAUAGUUUGCCACAGUCCUGUCCACAAGGGGCAUCUGCAGGCAGCCAAGCCUCACAGCAGCACUUAUCCACAAAUACCAACAAUUACAAUCCGCAUUCCUAUAAUGAAACUUCCAAACCAAAGAAAGGACAACAGUGGAAUCGAAUGAAACAGGCUCCUGGAUCUGGAGGUCUUAAGUUUAACAUCCAGAAGCGCCCUCUUGUAAUGUCUAACCAGAACUUUCCCUCUAAUGAGCAACAUAAUAACAAUGCUGGUCUGCAAGGGCAAGCCGGUAUUCAUCACCAUAUGCAAUCAGCGGAAAAGACCCACGAACACAGCAGCAAUCCUUCCGCAAAGCCAGAGGACUGGCCUCAAGCCAUGAAAGAGUAUGUCCAGCGUUGUUUUACUGCAUGUGAAACAGAGGAAGACAAGGAUCGGACUGAGAAACUGCUGAAAGAAGUCUUACAAGCAAGAUUACAGGAUGGGUCAGCCUACACCAUAGACUGGAGUAGAGAGCCACUGCCUGGUAAGGAAAGUGUAAAGGAAAGUCCGAAGAAAACAAUCUGGGAAACAACUACCUUGCAGUCGUCCCGUGGCAGCACCAUCACUGUGACACAGUCAACACACGGUGGUGGCAGCAACAGUGGCAGUAGUACCCUAAGAGGUCAUGGCGGCAGCUUUCCUACCCGGUUUGGAAACAGAAAUGUUUUUAUGCAAGAAUCCAGUUCCUCUUCAAGCGCAGGUUCUAGGUCUAGAUCUAGAUCAUCUUCACGUUCACCUCACAGAAGAUACCGCCGUAGUCAUUCUCAUUCAGACUCUGAGAGCAGCUUCAAAUCUGGAAGUGAAAGUCGAACAGGUGGCCACAGAAACUUUCAGAAGGGACGUGGUCGGGGAGGACACAUGGAUCGGGGUCGUGGACGAAAUCAGAGGGGCAGAAGAAAUGAACACAACUUUAACAAACGAAACCGCAAGAAGAAUUUGUCUAUGGAAUUUGAGGACUCUGAAAAAGAUUUUAAGAAGGAAAAGCGAGCAGCACGCUUCCAACAUGGCUACAGUCCCAAGAAAUUUCGCAUUGAGCCUCUAGUACUGCAGAUCAAUAACCUGGAUCCUAACGAGUCUGAAAGUUUGGAUUGGAAUGAACUGAAAAUUGUGGGAACAUCUCAGGAUAUUACCAAGCAUUACUUACGUUUGACUUGUGCUCCUGAUCCUUCAACUGUUAGACCAGUGCCAGUUUUACGAAAGUCUUUAACCAUGGUUAAAGGGCAUUUUAAGGAAAAGCAGGAUUACACAUUUGCUUGUGAGCAGUUAAAAUCAAUCCGUCAAGAUUUAACAGUUCAGGGCAUUCGCACAGAGUUCACUGUGGAAGUAUACGAGACCCAUGCACGGAUAGCGCUGGAAAAGGGAGACCAUGAGGAAUUCAAUCAGUGUCAAGCACAGCUGAAGUCUCUCUCUGCUGAAAAUCUUGAUGGGAAUGUUGGCGAGUUUACAGCCUAUCGUAUAUUGUACUAUAUCUUCACAAAAAACUCUGGUGAUCUCACUACAGAACUGGCAUACUUGACCAAAGCGUUAAAGGAGGAUCCUUGUGUUUCACAUGCCCUUGCUCUUCGGAGUGCCUGGGCACUCUCAAAUUAUCAUCGGUUUUUCAAACUUUAUAGAAAAGCACCACGCAUGUCUGGGUAUCUCAUCGACAAGUUUGCAGAAAGGGAGAGGAAGGAAGCCCUUAAGGCCAUGAUUAAAAGUUAUCGUCCGAUGCUCGCAGUUUCCUACAUACAGUCAGAGUUGGCCUUCGAGAAUGAGGAGGAGUGCCAGAGUUUCCUGGCUUCUCUGUCUCUUGUGUUUGCAGGGGACGACGCCAGCAAGAUUGACUGCAAGCAAAGCUUAGCGGUCUUGCCAAACUUCUAAGCCAGUCCCUCUUUUAUAACCUAAUUUACAAAUGUGUUUUGCAACACAUGUUUAAAGCUCACACUGUGUGUGUGUAUGUGAAAAGCCACACUUGUUACCUGAGUGUCCUGAAUCUAACGCCUCAAGAUCAGAGCAUAUUGGUGGGCUGUUGGGUUUAACCAGAAUAGCAUAGAUUCAAAGAGCCGUUACAGGUCCUGUUAAUAUUUUUUUUUUGCUCUGUAAAAGUACUACGUUUUGUUUAUAGUGCUUUCAACAUUGAAUUACAAUUGAAUGGAUCUAGACCUGCAACUCGGAUCAACAAGACAUUUCACUCAAUUAGAUACAAAUGUUAGGUGCUUAGGUUGACUUAGGUGGUAGACCCGAACACAUGAAUGUGUAAGAUGCAUACAAAUUGUAGCUCUGUAGAAGACCUUUGUUUAGCAUUUGUGUUCAAAGCACUUGUGGGACCAUGAGCAGUGCAAAAUAAGGGCUUUGGUUUGUCUUUACACUGUUUAGAUUUAAUACAUAGUCAAAAUAUUCUCAAACAUCAGAUCAAAUUAGGCUUCAUGUAAAUAAAAGUUCUAAUAGCUUUCCAGUAAGCUGUGUACAUAUUGUUAAUAAGAUUUCUUUUGAGGUGGACGAAAGGAGAUUUUCUACUUGCAUUUUUUAUUGUAAAUCUUGUUAUAGUCAGAAACUAACGAUGUCUCAGUUUCUUUCCUCUUUACUUCACUUGCACAAAGCCUCUGUCCGUAUGCUGCACCGACCUCCAACAUACGCGGCUCGGAGAGAAGGCCUCAAACGCAGGAAAGUCAACUCAAAAGAUUGGGAGACGUAAAGCAAGCUUCAUAUGCUGCAGUGUCUUGGAGGAAAAAAUUAGACUCUUUAAUAUAUAUAGAAAGAACAUUUUUAACAUCCAACAAGUCUGCAAAUGAAGAAAAGUUAAAAAAGAGCCAAUACAGGAAAGUCCUCCCAUAUGCUUCUGGAAUUGCAAAUGUUCUGGAGUCUUACUACCUGGAACUGCGCAGCCUGUGAGAUGAUGUGGGUUUUUUUUUACAAUUGCUUGUUAAUUUCUACCUGCCCCUUCCUCUUCUUUUUUUUUUUUUCUUUUUCUUAAUUUCUUUGUUUACCUUUUUCCUAUUGUUUUUUCACCUCCCCCAUGUUUGCUGAUUAAUUUGUGUCCUGUUUUUCAGCAGGUAAAUAUUGGGUACUGUCUCAACUCUCCCUCCUUACAUCUAUUUUUUUUCUCUCAUCACCAGCUCUUCUGUGUUUAUUUUUCUUCCCCCUUUCUGCUCCCCCAUUCCCCCAAAUCCCAGCCUGCACAGCCCUUCAGGUUAUUUCAUAUUGAAGUUGUAUGUCUGAUGAUGAGCAGUCAGGUGCUCCUUUCUUUGCAGAUAUUUGUGUUCAUUGUUUUCUCCUUUAAUAAAUUUGAGUUGCAAGUG